AUGCUGGAGAGUACAAAUAAAGCGCAGAGGGAUCAUAUUAUCACUUUGCUAUGGGCUAUAUGGGGAAACCGAAAUACAUUGUUGUGGCAGGGAGUUCAACGAUCUCUACAUGAUGUUGUGGUCUUUGCUCAACAAUAUGUGCAUGAAUUUAUUACGGUAAAUGGUACUCUGUCCAAAGUAACUAAUUGGGUGCGGGAUGCCUUUAAAUGGGUAGCAUUACUGUCAGGCCGCCUCAAACUCAACUUUGAUGGAGCAUUUGAUCCUACUUCGGGUAGAGGGGCUGUUGGGGUUGUUGCCAAAGACGCGGAUGGAGGUUUUGUGGCUGCAAUGGCAAAAUCAGUUAGGGAAGUGCAAUUGGUUGAACAUGCAGAAAUUCUUGCGGCUCCUGAAGGGGUGACCCUUGCUCUCUCACUCGGGAUUGCAUCUCCCAUCUUUGAAGGAGACUCUGCUGUGGUGGUUGCAGCAGUAAAGCGAGCAGGACAGAUUUAUUCCAACAUUGGUACCAUUGUUGAAGAUGUAAAGCAUCUUCAGAAAUGA